AACAUUUCGAAUCCAGCAGCACCAUCAGCCUACCAGGCGGUCCGGCCAUUGAUGGAUUCAAAACCGUCCGAUCAGCCUGCACGAAUGCAGCAAUGCUGCUGAAGCACACUGCUUGUACGAUCGCCGCCGCAUUGUUGCACAUGUAAUUACUCGCAGCUGGUCUCUUUCUGUCUCGCUGUAGUAAAGCUAUUUCUUUGAGGGCCACAUGCACCUCAGGUGUCUCUCUGCUUCUUUCUUAUCGUACCGCCUUGCCGUUCAGGUUUCUUCCUUGCCGCUCUUGGAAUUCAGCUUUUCGCUUAUCGCUUUUCCGCGCUCUUCCCUAAGGUGCAGCCGCCAUGGCUCAAGUUCACGCCAACUUAUUCGACUCGUCGCCGCUGCUACGCACCGCUAGUAGCUGCACACGCGGCGCGACGCAGACUCGUAUGCACUCCACGAUGCACACUCAUACCGCUCUCUCCCGCGCCGUGCCUCGAACCUCCUCCAACGAACGAGGAAGGUUCCUAGAGUCGGGCAGGCUUGGGAGAUUUCGAGCGACCAAGAAAUUAACGAGAAGCCUCAAACCUCGCGCUGCAGAACAUGUGGGCGCGGUUGCGGGAGUGGCUACGGGAGUGGCUGAAGGAAAGAAAGCAGGGAAGAAGGCAGGGAAAGCAGCAGCGAAGGGAGGAGGAAGGGAGGGAAAAGGUGACGGGGAAGGGUCGGGGGAGGGUUAUUCGCGUCGCAUGGUGCUGGCUCUGGGGAUCUCAGCUGGGCUGACAGCGGCCAUGGGACUGACCCCACCACCAUCAAAAGCAGCAGCAGCAGCAGUAGCAGAAAGAGGGAGCGCGGGUGCUGGGGGUGGUGGGAGUGGUGCGAGUGCGACUGGGGGAAGUGUGGGUGUGGGCGAGGGGGAGGGCGUAUCUGUGGGUCAACGAAUUCUCCGCGGUCUCGGGUUUGGAGACGCUGACGUGUAUUACCCCAGGGUGUUUGAGGGCGAGUGGGAGUGUCUAUCCCAGCUCAUAGCAGUGGACACGCCGCAGGGCGAGCAGGCAGUGGACAGCCGGGCAGUGGCGCAGGCACGGCGGGACGUGGGCGUGACACUGCCGUACCGUGCACGCUUCUUCGACUUCAAUGGCCGGGUCGUUGGGGACCGGGCAUUCACCACCACUUCGCUGGUGGAGGCGACAGUGGGCAAGGGAGUGGUGGCGGACGCUGACUGGUCGCCCUCAAGGCCCAACCAGCUCUCCCUCACUCUCAAGGGAGGCUAUAAGGUGCAGAGUGUGAUCACACGGCGCUCAUACGAGAUGUCAUCACCCAACCAGUUCGACGUGUUCGAGUACUCGCAGCAGGUGUUUGACAACCCAACUGUCUUAGAUGGCCCUCCGUCCGUCAAGGCAUCCAGCAAUCUGACUCGGUAUCAGUGGGACGAAGAGGACAAGACAACCGGACAAGUGAAGGAGAUUGUUGCGUUUCAGCGUGUGUCCAUGUUCCCUGUGGUGGGGGGGUUAGCCGGGGACAGCCAGUCGCGGCUCACUGCAGCAGAGGUCAUUUCCCUAGGGUUUGGCGACAAGCCUGUUACCGUGUACAAGUACCUGCUGCGACUCACACGUGUGGCGUAGGGGAGGAUGAGAGCAGAGGGAGGGACGAUACAGUGUGUGAGCCGAGCAAAGGGUAGGAGGGAACAGCCCACUCAUCAUCCCAUCGGGGUUAGGCAACGGCCGUGGCUCAGUACAAGACUUGAAGUACGCUGCAUUGACUCUGCACGCGCGCAGAGCUGGAGGGUGAAAGGAAGAUACCAAGGAAUGCGAUGGGAUGGGACGGGAAAGUAAUGUUGCUUGAUCAGGGGAUGGCGCAAGGGAGGGAGGGGAGAGUUGGGAGGCAGGCAGAGCAGGCCUGGCAAGCUAGGGCAGGACCUAUCUGACUUGAUUGCCAUGGCAGUGUGAUGUCGUGAUUGUGGUCAUGUUUGUGGUAAUUUUCUACUUCCAUAUGUGGUACAGCCGCUCUGAUAGUGUGCGCAGCAGCUGUUUGUACCGUGGUCAGAUGGUAUGGUACUUCAAGUCAUAAAGUCAGCAGUCCUAACCAUUGGGACAAGAAGGAAUAUCUAUCAACUUAUUCAUAUUUGUAUGCAGAAGUUUUAGGC